UAAGCAACGUAUUCAAUAACAAUUAAGUAUCGUCUGAAUCCCAUUUUGGUCGAAACUAACGUCUGGAACUAACCAUAACUCACUCACACGUAAUUACAGUCACGCCCAUACACAAACAUACAUACGUGCAUACACACACGCAUAUAUACUAAUAUAGAAAUAUGCACAGGCAUACACUUAAACUCACAUAAGAUUAAUAAUAAACUUCACACUAUUUAGAAUGGCUACUAACAUCAGACUGAAAGCGGCAAAAUUACUCAAUAGACAGUAUCCAAGCAGUUAUUAUGAUGCUGUGGGCUGCAAAAUCAACCCCGUUUUUAUAGCUUUUAAGAAAGAAAAGGAAGAUUUUUUAAAUCUUUUCCGGAAUAAGCCGACUGAUGUACCUUCAGUAUGUGGCCGACCGUCAAUAACAUUAUUUGAAAUGUUAAAAAAGUACCAACCAUUACUUCCACAAGUGUACUUUUUAAAGCAGUUAUUGAAAAUUGGAAAUUUCCUCAGAGAUGAAGAAGAAUAUUUACUUGCAUUGUCUUGUUACAAUUUUUAUUUUCUGGAAUCGGAUAUCAGUAAGUGCACUGCGCACUAUGAUUUAGAGAGCUAUAAGAAAUGCUUUUUUCCUGAAGGAUUACAAUCAAAUACAGCAAUUCUAACAAUUCAGAUUUUAAUUGCAAAUUAUUUUUGCAUGUACCAAAUUGAAAAGAUGCACACUCUACAGACUUGUCAGUCGGCUGAUGAAUGUGAAAAGAUUUUAUUAUCCUACCAGAUGUUGACGCAAGUUUUGUUACCUGAGAAAUCAUAUUGUUGGCUGCUUUACAACUGCACUGUACUUAUAUACACUAUUUGUCAAGAUAUGAUGGUGGCUGGACACGCUACAAAGGUUCUACAAUACUUAAUUUGGGCUUGUCUGUGUGUAGAGAACUCUCCCCUUCUCACUGACAUUUCCUUCUUGUCUUGGCGGUGCACAAUAUACACAGCUGUAUGUCAGUGCUAUUGGGAAUGUAAAACAGGAGAGCAUGCAGAAGCCUUUGCCAGAAGAGGAUUGUGCAAAAUAAAUGACGUCUUGAAUGUUCAGAAAAAGAGUGAAAGGGCAAGAACCACUCAACACACAGCAGCUAUUCGAGAAUGUACUUUGAAGAUGGCAAUCAUGAUCUUUAAGCGAGUUGUCUUUGAAACCCGUCGAAAAAUGAAAGGAUUUAUACGCUUGAAGAACAGGUUUAGUGAAAGGGAUUUUGUGAAUUUGUCUUGGCCAAGAACUAAUACAGAAAAGUUAUUAGUUGAGAUGUUUGAUAGUGAAUCAGCACAAUUCUUAGCUAUCGUGGAAAGUCUGAGUGACAGUCACAUACGUCUCAUAACACCAGGUGGUGUUUUCCAAGGAGAGAUGGAGUUAAACGAUGUAAGUUUAGAACUGUUUGCUGCUGCCAAAGAAAUAGUCUCAGGAAAUAUAACAGCUAACCGCUCAAGAAAAGAUUCUUAUACCAAUAUUUUCACUAACGUUGUCCACCUUGAAGAUAAUUCGCUUUUAGAAUUAGCAAUACUUGGAGAAAACAAAAUACCUAUGAAAGCAGUAUUUCAUCUUACUGUCCUGGCAUUCUGUUAUGAGCAAUGGGAAUUUUUUAUUAACUUCGCAGAAUUUUUGCAGAAAAUUAAAGAUGAAAGAUAUGCUUGGGAUGUUAAAAUCAUACAGCUUCUUAUUGUAAUGGAGAAAUUGGUACAUGGGCGAAAAGUUCGAAAAGCACAAGCAUCUGCUUCGUCUCCUGAGGCUGAUAAUGAGGAUGAUUAUGAGGCUGAUAUCUCUGACCCUCUUCAGCCCACACCGUCAGGAUAUAGUGCACUUGGUGCUGACGACUUACUCACCUUGACUCAAGUUCUGAAGUCUCUUUUAACAAACAAUUUUUGUCCAGCACAAGUUGACCUCACUGUAGUUCUUGAUGUUGUUUAUUAUCUGUGGAACCAAACCAAAGUAGUACUACAUCGGCACCAAAUCGGAUUUGAGAAUAAUUCAAAGUAUUUCCAAAAGAGCGAAAAUAUAGCAAAGUGGCUGCCUAUUCUAGAUGUGAUUUUCUCAGUGAUGUGUUGGUGUGAUGUCUCCUCCAAUAAUUUUACAGUUUUUAGUGAAGUUACACUUCGCCUGGCUUUACUUUUAGAAGUUUGCGCCAAUUUAACACAAGGAAAGAAAUCAUGGAAAGAUAUAGAGAAAAAAGAAAUGCUUUUGAUGUCUUCAUCAUCACCACCAGAAAUGUCAAUUAGAAAAGAAGGAAACUCUGCAUAUUCAAAUUUAGUUGAGGAUUCUUUUAUACCAUCAGAUAUUCACCUAUUGACUAAAGAAGAUUUUUUGAGAUUAGCAAGAAGCAUUCUAAUGAAAGGCCUCAAAGAUAUUGACCAAGCUCGCAGUUUAACUGCAAAACAGGAGAGUCCAAUGUCCCAUAGUGCUUUGACUGUAAAAGAAGUGAAUAAUCAGGUCCCUGAAACAGGAAACAGUGUUAAGACUGCAGCUGAGAAUGUCAACAAAUUAAUUCCUAAAGAUCAACUUCUGAACUUUGAGACUCCCCUUUGUCAUUUUAUAAGAGAUCAACACACUGAGUUGUUAUUUAUUUACUAUAGAGUAUCAUGCAAUCUGAUAAGAACAGAUAUUUGUCCAGUGAAAUCAGAUCUUAAAAGAGAUUUACAAUCAUCGAAAAAGAAUUCUAAAAAGAAAAAAGAAGACACUUCCAUGGUCACUUAUGAGAUGUUACUGAAUGAAUGUGGCUCCCAUAAUUUGUUGAAAGCCCUCCUGAAAAUGCAAGCUGCUGUGGUGUCAAAUGAAUCAAAAAAAGAAAUAUUGCAGAAAUCUUUGGAUUCUUUAAUAAAGUUCCAGAAAGAAGAGUCCAAAAUGUAUGAAGUUAACAACAGUGUCUGUAUGCUUGAUAAGGAACCCACUGUACCAGAGAGGAACGUGCCAUUGCCUCCCAUUCUUUUAUGGCGGUCACCAUCAGCAAUGGCAUUUAAACCUACCAAAUUCAAACCAUCUUCUGGUGAGAAGGUGUGCUGGUAUCGGCUGUUUGCUCAAAUUAUAACAACCAGCUAUAAUAAAGUCAGAUUAAAUGAUACUCCAGUACCUGGAACAGGAAACUUAGUACCUGCAAGCUACAAAGAAAUUAUAGUGACUGGUAUGAAAACUAACCAACAGUAUGUUUUUGCAUUGGGUGCUUACACUAGUGACGGUAAACUAAUUGGAGAUAAUAUUGGAGAGAGCACUACACCAAUUCUUGUGUCCAGCUCAUUAUCUAUACCUUUAACAUACGUAUUUCUGUGUCAGAUCUCCUACCAACUGAAGUGUUUCUCCAUCUCACUACACAUAUUUGACAAUGUGUGCUCUCACUUUGUAAAGCAUUUUGAUUCUCCUUCAACAGCAGAAAAUAGUUCAACAGUUAAGAAAUAUUUUCGAAAAUUUCCCAGAAUAAAUAAGACUGUACGGCUUACAGCCUCUCCAAUAUUUAUGAUACAACUUUACACAUGUGUUAUGACAUCUUCUAACAUAAACAUUCGUACAGGAAAGUUGUUCUGUGAUAAACUUUGUGCUGAUGGUCCAUUUCAAAUAAGACAGAAAAAGCACUUAGUUGAAUGCAAAAAGAUGUUGCUUGCAGUUGACAUAGCAGCUUUUUUGAAUGAUGUCAAUCUAUGUGUUCAAGCUCUUGUUCAAAUAUAUGGCUUGUUAGUACCAUUCCUGUAUCAUUCGUGGAUUUUCCCGCCAGUCAUUCAGAUACUUCUGUUUUGUUAUGGAAUUUUACAAGAACUACCUAAUAAUGUCCGUCAGAAAAAAUCAGCUGCUAUUGUAGACAGCAUACAUCAUAUGGUCACUUGUAUUGUCUAUCAUCUUAGUAAGAUGUUGCACAAAAUGAGGGAAAAGACCAUGGCUAUAGAAGUCUGUGAAACUGGUUGUCGAAUCCUGCAAGAAGAUAUAAUGGCCAAGAAAAAUACUCUUCCAAUUACUGAAUCUUAUACUACUGAUCCAGACGCAAUGAAUGACAAAACAGAAGCUACUAACUGGUCAUUCGCUAAAUUACGGCAGGCUGUUAAAUCUAAACAAGAUAAUAUUACCGAAAUAGGCAUAAAGGAAGAACUGGUCAUUUUGGAGGAGGCUCUAUCUUACAUUAAUAAACUAGUCAACAAUGAGGCUGAAUCUUUUGUUAAGGAUGAAGAUAGCAGUGUUGGAUUAGUUUAUUGUUCAAUAGCAUCCAGCCGUCAAGGAAAUAAGGAAGCAAGCAAACACAAAAAGAAAAUGAGUUAUCAUGAAUUCCUAAUCCGUGUCCUCCACCAAGCCAUUCAUGAAAGAGAAUAUGCUUCUAUUGAAAGUCUUUGUGAUGAGUUGCAUAAUUUUUAUGGCAGGAAAUUAAAUCUUUCUCCAAAACCUCCAAUUAAAGGUAAAGGAGCUGCAACUAUGGUGGAAUACAAUAAAAAACAGAGUCUGACUGAGUCAAUGGCACAACGGAAAAAGGGUGGAAAAUCGAAGCCGAAAGAAAAGAAGCCACAAACUAAAAAGCGAAUUUUUGCAAAUGACCCACCUGAUGUUGAAGCUGUCAAAUUGAAGGCCUUAUCGGUUCUCACUAAAUUUGUACCUAAAUGUGUCAAGAACUAUCUGAAUAGAAAGCAUACCAGACAAGUCCUGGAAAAAGAACUACCAUAUAAAUGUCAGCUCAACAUGUUGCAAGCUAUUGCACUAUUUAAUUCCUUAUUGGAUAAGUAUGAACAAUAUCUAAGAAUUCAAACCAAUGUGACAACUGAAAACUUUGGCAAAAGUUUUGAUUACGAGUGGAUUUCGUUUGAAAACAGUGGCCUCUUCCUCAAUUAUACAAUGAUAAAUAAAACGACAGAUACGAUAGUAUUGAAACAAGAAGAAAAACCUCACUCCACAAAGUACUCAUCAGCUCAUUCCAAACCUCAUAUUGAAAUAAAUCCUGAAAGCACUUAUGAAUGCUUAGGUAAAAUGUUCAUUCUCUUCAGAACAGCACUUAUUUUGUCACACCGUGGAGAACUGUGGUCAAGUUUCCAAAAUAUGAACAAAUUAUUGUGGGAUAUUAUCCAAGCAAUGAAAUUACGGCUUGUAAGAAUUCAUCUGGAACCUACACCUAAUAGUAUCUUUAUUACUUUGGAAUGCUAUCAAACCUUGAUUUAUCCAGUAUUGGCAACAGCAGCUGAUUUAUUAUUGGAUAUGUUAAAGAGAUUUAAGAAAACCACUGAAGAAUCUAGCUCAGCAUCAACAGAAAAUGAUUCUUUUAAAGCUGACCCUUGGUCUAAUACACAGACUGACCUUAAAGGGAGUUGCAAUCUCCAUUUUGAUCCAGUUCUUGAUGAUGUCACUGUUGUUGAUGGUCGUAUUAUUGAGAAAAUCUGCAAAAGAGCCAUAAUUGUUCUUCAGUAUAAGCAAAAAUGGGAGACUCUUGUUGAUAUUAUUCUUCGCUUCAAUGCUUUGACAAAUGAGAAAUUUGCUGAAUUUACAUUUCCUCUGUUAGUUAAUGCUCAACUUCACCUUGAGAAACAGUGUAAUUCUGAAAAGGCCUUUGUAGCAGCUGGUUUAGAACAACUUGUUAACAACCCUGAUGGGAGUCUCAAUACCAAGAAAUAUUUGAAUCUACAGCUAAAAGUCUCUGCAACUAAACCUAAGCCUGUUCCUUUGGGUACUUAUCUUGAUGCACGCAGUUAUAAUACCAACAAAGCUAAAGGUGAUGCACUCAACUUGAUAUCUGUGCCGAUAGAUAUUGACAGCAGUUGGAAGUACAUUCAAUCAGUUGUAGAAGUAAGUGAUUAUACAGUGCGCUCAGUGUAUCAUAGUCGACAACUUCUGCAUCUGUACAUUGCUGGAAGAUUUUAUUCACAGAGCAGCAGGGUAACUGGAGAGGAAAUUGAAAUAAAAUGUCCACAUGUAUUUCUGGAAAAUAUUUUAGAGCCAUUACCUUCACCUGAUCUUCAUUUAAAUUUCGACUCACCUACUGAUACAAUAUCCUGCUUUGAUGCAAGUAACUUAAGUGACACUGUCAUUACAUCAUAUUCACAAACCAUAGAACUUUUAUUGCAUAAAAAUGAGAAGGAUCUUGCUGCCCAAUUGUUAUCUGAGAUGGGUCACGUCCAAUUGGUAUCUGGAGAUAGGAAAGCAGCUUUCCAAUCUUGGAAUAAUUCUCUUGAACUAAUUCUUCGAUUAAACAAAAAAUCUGUAAACAAAUGGAGAAGUGUCUACCAAGAUGAUACUGAUGCUCACUUAUUGAAGACCUGUGGAAUCUGGGGUUGUCUCCUUGGAGGCACUGUUGCAGUAUUCAUUGCAAGAUACUGUAUAGUAACUGACACCAGUCUUCAGUUGGAGUUCUGCUUCUUAGCUUAUCAUAUGUACAAGGCAAUUUUCUGUGGUUCCUUGCAACAUCCAAAUGUUGAUAUAAAAUUUGCUAUGUACAAUGUAGGUGAUAAUUUUCUGACUCAAGAUAUCAUCCCUGAUAUGCAUUUAUUUUCUGAUCACUAUCGAUGUCCUAGUAGACAACUUAUCUUUUCUCUCCAGUCACUUAUUGAAAUAUUAUAUAUGAAUGGACACUAUUUAAAGAUGUUGCCUCUUCUCACGUUAUUUCUUUAUUUGACUCGCAGACUGUUUCGUGAUACGAGACUUUUUGUUCAGGGUCAAAUAUUUAGACUGCAAGCUUUAACAAAUCUCCACAUGUUUACAGAAGCUACUCAGGUGUUUCAACAGUUAAUUAGUGGUUAUCACUUGCCUCUGUCUAGUUUAACUACAACACGUUUAAUUGAACCCAGAGCAGAACACCUGGUUUUUGAUUCCUCAUCAAAUCUCACAGAUCCAGGCAACCUAAAGGUAUUGCAUUUGAUCUGCAGCAAAUAUCUGACAAACAAUUUAGUUGUUUUAUAUGGACCACAAGUGUGCAGUGAAUUAUAUCUGGCUAUCAUUAGACUUCUCAUUACACUUGCUGAGUGUAUAAAUGUCAUUCCUGAUGAAGAUGAAAGCUUUGCCACAAUUAUUAAAAUUGUACAUGGACAUGACGGUGAUAAUGGUGACAUGAGUCAGAAUAUAUUCACAGCUAUGGAUAGUCCUGUUACAUUGGAACAAAUCAAAGGUUUGCUUUUGAUUGUAGCAAGCCACAGACUAGAAAUACUGAUGACUGAUUUGCUAUCAAAAACUGAGACCAAGAUCAAAACUUUUCCUGCUUUUCAUAUUGAUAUGAAAAUAAAAUGCUCUUUAGAACGUUCUCGGAUUUAUCAACAGAAACAUCAGUUUUAUUUUGCUGCUAAGCUUUGCUGUGAGACCAUGAAUAAUAUUCAGCAACUAAGACUUCCAGACUUACUUGCAAUACCAUCAUCUCUUAAAAGCAAAUCUCAAGAGAAUACCACUGAAAGCAGUACACCUGAGGCUAAACCUAACAUUCUGUACAACACAGUUGAUGUGGAACAUUUAUCAAAGAGUGCACCCUCACUAUGGUUACAAUGUCGUUUACAGCUGCUCAAAAGCAUGAACUCAUUUGUACCAUUUGAAGAACAUUGUAAAGAAUUUGACGAACCUUUGCUACCAGAAUGGGCAUCUAUUAUGCAGUAUUGUCAGGAAGGACAACAAGAAGCUAAAAAUUGUAAUGAUUUUGAAAAAGAAGCUGAUUUUAUAUAUAUAGAAGUACUGAAUCAGUUUAAAAUGACACAUUGUACCAAGACCUGUAACAAUAUAUGUCAGAAAGGUAUCAAAGUGAUAAAGCAAUGUUCCGAAUUGUCUGACACUGGUUUGCAAACAAUGGUCAGAUUGCUAAUGCUACAAAUUGACCUCCGAAUAAAAACAAAUGAACCACUGAGUGUUUAUACAGCUCAACAUGCCCUGGAUGUUUAUGUUAAAGUGAAAGAACUUGUGGAAAAUAAGCUUCAAACUCUUUGCCCAAAUAUUCAAGCUAAAAAGCUGAAGAAUGUAUAUUUACCAUUCUUAGAUAUAUUAGCUGAUAUUGAUCUCCGUGUUGCUCUUAUGUCUGUCAAAUAUUCUCAACACACUGAUGUUAACGAUUUAACGAGUGUUGAAUCUAAGCAAAGAAACAAGAUUUUCAAUUCCCUUGAGUUAUUAAAUGAAGCUUUCUUGUUAAAUCGAUCAAAUAAUUCCUAUCGACCCAGUCUUAGUAUGGAGAUAUUGCUGCAAACUGGUAAAGUUCAAAGAUUGCUGAGCAGAAGCAUCCCAUCAAUUAUACCAAUCAGUUCAUUUAUUGAGGCAAUUAAAGUUGAUUAUUCUGCACAUCAUAAUAUAGUAUUGACAAAGAGUGCCUACCUUGAGAUAAGCCUGGUUUGCUUUUCUUACAUAAAAGAAACCAAUAUCUUCCAAUGCCAAAGAGCAAAACUAAAAACAGGGAAGAAUGAGUAUGAAAACCGCAUCAUUCUUCUGCAUCCACAAAGAGAAAAAUACAUAGCGAUGCUUGCUUGGUUGGUCAUACGAACUACAGCAGUUCUUUCAAAUAAACACAUGCAAGAAAUAAGUUUAAGAGGAUCUCUGAAACUUGCAUCUCAAGCUGACAUAUCAUCAAAAUUGAUCAGCAAAAUACCAGAUUUUAUCAAUAUGGAUAUAUUUGCGAAAUAUGUGCUCGGGAAGAAAAGGAUAAAAUAUGAAUGUGAAUUUGAUAAAGAAUAUGCUGAAAUGAUGAAGAACCAGCCUCAGAAGUUUGAGAAUACAGAAUCUGAUGAAGAACAAAUGAAGAAAAUAAAAGCUAUAAGCUCCUCAAAGAUUUCAUGGAUGCAUAUAUUUUCUUACUUGGUUUCUUUGUCUGAUGAACUUUACCAAACUAUUGUUUCUGCUAAUGAAACAUUUCAAGAAGACACUUCUGAAUCUGAUGAAGCACCAGAAUCAUUUUAUAAAACUUUCAUGUAUUCUAUGCCACUUGAUCAGUCUAUAAGGCUACAAUAUACUAAUACUUAUUCCUUUCUUAGUAACAAUUUUCCAUUAUUUUCUCGGUAUUGUUCUACUAUUAACAUUCCGGCUGAAGUUGAAGAGUUGGCUGUCGCAUUAAAUAAUAUAAUGGAAGAGGAUCAAAAUAUCAUAUCUGAAUCAUUGAAAGCUCUAAAUCUUGAGAAUUGUUCAGCAAAAGGUUUAUUACAAGAUUCCCUGAGUGUAAAUCAUAAAGUUAUCUCUAUGUUCCCUUGGUCCUUACCAUAUCCUAAAUCUGAGGAAGUAUGUUUCCAGUGGUAUAGUCCCUUAUUUGAGUCUCUGUCUCGAAAAAACUUACCAGAUGAUUCUGAGUCAAACAAUAUGCAUCUUCUUUGUUCCAUGACUAAAAAAACUAAACAAGAUGAGUACUACUGCUACACAAACAAAUUCAUAUUGCCACGCAAAUUUGCUGUUGAUCUUUACAAACGCAUCAAGAAAGCCAUACAUAUGAAGGAAAUAACUGAAAAACCUUUGAAUCCUAAACACAAAAAACCUGUUCUCCAUUCAAAAAAGUCAUUUGGUUCAUUUGCUUCAGAUAGUGAAACCCAAGACAAUCAGAAACAUGUUUUAUCAAUUCUGCAAGAAAUUCAGAAAUUAUUUGCACCAGCAUUGAAAUCCAUCAUUUCCCAAAUGCCAUUUGAAGAAACCAACUUAAACCACCUCCUGGAACUCUUUAAUGUUAAUGUGGGGUCACACCUUAUUACUGGAGAACUAGCUGUUUGGUUAACUAGUCUUGUUUUCAAUGAAAAAACUUAAAUGUAAUUGCUAAUGUUAUCUGAAUAAAAUGCAUACAAUUAUA